ACCUUGCAACUCCUACUUCACAGACAGCGAGAGGAGAAGAGCCACCACUCUACGUUGGUUGAUCAGAAGCGACGAAACGCACCGAAACUGGCAUCUGCGCCGGAGGAGACGCAAAGGAACCGCGCAUCCCGCGUCCCCGUCUGCCUCGUCCACUCUGCCCACUCGCAGGACAGGAUGAACGGACUUUGGAGGACUGGACACUUUGGACAACGCGGACAGCAGCGCGCGGCGGAGGACGGGAUUUAGUGGAGAGAAGUUGGCUUUUCUCGGUGGCUGUGCCCGAGUCGAAGACACUCGCCUUCAAGUCGUGAGGGGGGGAUUUGUGACUCUUUUUUUUCCGCUGUCGCCAAACUGCUCUCCAAGCGCUGGAACGUGAGGAUUUAAAAGUAGUUUUGUGGGUUUUUUGUGAAGUUUACCGGAGAUUAGAGGUUGUUUCAACCAAGGAAAGCUUGGUGCCAUCUAAAAUCUGAAGGCUGAUCUUUUCUGUCAAAACGGGAUACUGUGGAUGCGGACAGGUUGGAGCUUUGAGGACUGUGUACACUGUGUGAGUUGUGGAGCAGCCCCGCGGCUGUGCCACAGCACAGGUGGCGUGGAGGUCCCUGUUCGUGCGCAAUUGGCGCGUCCUGGCCGGUGUCAGCAGACUUGGAGAAAAUCAACAGUCAGUGCGCAAAUCUAUUGCCACGGGUUUGGAGCAGGAGCGCAAAGCGGUUUCUGUUAUGGCUUGUAAAGGUCCGUGGUGGGGAGCUGUCGGACAGAUUCUUGCGGCAUCUGCGGCUGCCCUUCUGCUGGACAGUAUGCGAACGGAGGAUGUUGUCUAAGUUGGAGUCGGGCCUCGCUGCUCUGCGUCUGACCUCUUCGUCCAGAGGAAUGACUGCUCUGUGGUGCUCACUCUGGCUUUCUCUCCUCCUUCCUCUCUGCGCCGUUCCAGCCAGGCUGCCCACUGCUCAGCCCACAGACCCUGUGUCCAGCGAGACGGCCUUCCUGGAGGACUAUGUUCUGGGCAUCGGGGACACUCUGGAAAUGUCAUGUGAUCCAGAAGAGCAGGAAGACCACUCGGAGCCUAUUGUGUGGUUCAAAGACGGCGCUGGACUUGUGCCUUGCAACCGGAUACGGUUGGGCCAGAGGAUGCUCCGCAUUAUCAAUGUGUCGUAUGACGACUCCGGGGUCUACUCGUGCCGGCUCGCCCGGAGCAACGCGCUGCUCAGCAACUACACCAUCAGGGUGACAGAUUCUCUGUCGUCUGGUGAUGAUGAAGAUUACGAUGAAGACCCAGAAGGUGCAGGUAAUGAAAAUGAAGCGCCAUAUUGGACCAGGCCAGAACGAAUGGACAAGAAAUUAUUGGCUGUUCCUGCGGCCAACACCGUCAAAUUCCGCUGCGCUGCGUCUGGAAACCCACCGCCAACCAUACACUGGCUGAAGAAUGGCAAAGAGUUCAAGGGAGAGCAGAGGAUGGGAGGCAUCAAGCUGAGACACCAGCAGUGGAGUCUGGUGAUGGAGAGCGCCGUGCCGUCAGACCGGGGAAACUACACUUGCGUGGUGCAAAACAAAUACGGCUCCAUCAGCCACACCUACCAGCUCGACGUGCUCGAGCGUUCACCUCACAGGCCCAUCCUUCAGGCUGGUCUGCCGGCCAAUCAGACGGUGGUGGUGGGCAGCAAUGUGGAGUUUCAUUGUAAGGUUUACAGCGACGCCCAGCCGCACAUCCAGUGGCUCAAACACAUUGAGGUGAACGGCAGCCGCUUUGGCCACGACGGUGUUCCCUACGUCAGCGUGCUGAAGACGGCUGGCAUUAACACUACAGAUAAGGAGCUAGAGGUUCUCUUGUUGACCAAUGUGUCUUUUGAGGAUGCGGGCGAGUACACUUGUCUCGCAGGGAACUCUAUCGGCUAUUCUUACCACUCUGCUUGGCUGACGGUGCUUCCAGCAGUGAGUCCACAGAAGGAAGACUACUACGCCGACAUCCUUAUCUACGUGACAGGCUGCGUGCUCUUCAUCCUCGCCGUGGUCAUCGCAAUCCUCUGUCGUAUGAGGAUGACCACGCAGAAGACUCUGCCCACGCCUCCCGUGCAAAAACUGUCAAAGUUCCCCCUCAAGAGACAGGUAACAGUGUCCUUGGAUUCCAACUCCUCCAUGAACUCAAACACGCCGCUGGUCAGGAUCGCCCGUCUGUCGUCCAGCGACGGGCCGACGCUCGCCAACGUCUCGGAGCUGGAGCUGCCCUCCGACCCCAAAUGGGAGUUUCCUCGGACACGGCUAACUCUGGGUAAACCUCUGGGAGAGGGCUGCUUCGGUCAGGUGGUUAUGGCUGAGGCUGUUGGCAUCGACAAAGAGAAGCCCAACAAGUCGCUCACUGUUGCUGUGAAAAUGUUGAAAGAUGACGCCACAGAUAAAGAUUUAUCAGACCUGGUGUCAGAAAUGGAGAUGAUGAAGAUGAUUGGGAAACACAAAAACAUCAUCAACCUACUCGGAGCCUGCACGCAGGAUGGUCCUCUGUAUGUCCUGGUGGAAUACGCCUCCAAAGGCAACCUGAGGGAGUACCUGCGUGCACGGCGGCCACCGGGCAUGGACUACUCCUUCGACACGUGCAAAAUCCCCGAUGAGCAGCUCACAUUCAAAGACCUGGUGUCCUGUGCCUACCAGGUUGCCCGAGGCAUGGAGUAUCUUGCUUCACAGAAGUGCAUCCACAGAGACCUGGCAGCCAGAAACGUCCUUGUGACGGAGGACAACGUUAUGAAGAUCGCCGACUUCGGCCUCGCCAGAGACGUGCACAAUAUAGACUACUACAAAAAGACCACAAAUGGUCGUCUCCCCGUGAAAUGGAUGGCUCCAGAGGCUCUCUUCGACCGGGUCUACACGCACCAGAGCGAUGUGUGGUCUUAUGGGGUACUGCUGUGGGAGAUCUUCACCUUGGGAGGCUCGCCGUACCCAGGGAUCCCAGUGGAAGAACUCUUUAAACUGCUGAAGGAAGGACAUCGAAUGGACAAGCCUGCCAACUGCACCCAUGAACUGUACAUGAUCAUGAGGGAGUGUUGGCACGCUGUGCCGUCGCAGAGGCCGACCUUCAGACAGCUGGUAGAAGAUCACGACCGGAUUUUAUCAAUGACCUCCACAGACGAGUACCUGGACCUGUCGGUGCCCUUCGAGCAGUACUCGCCCACCUGUCAGGACUCCAACAGCACCUGCUCCUCAGGGGACGACUCCGUGUUCGCCCACGACCCGCUGCCUGACGAGCCCUGUCUUCCCAAACAGCUUCCCAGUAACGGGGUGAUUAGGACAUAAAACCUGUGCCGGAGGAGGUCGGACAUUAACCUCUUCUCACAGUUUGUGACAGAAAUAUCACCUCUCACUGACUCAAGCACCUCAAGAUACGGAGAGGGACAAAAAAGGAAAAAAAGAAAACUCGGCAUGCAAUACUUCCACAGUGCUUCAGCUCUUUUUGAUUUGUCUUAAACUCUCGGACAAAGCUCUGUUUCGUGUUUUCUUUUCCUCCUCAUCCCCAAGAACUCUCUUUAAACAUUGAAGGAUUUUUUUUUCUUGCCGUUGAACCAUGUUUGUGUUCUUCUUUUCAGAAAUGAAAUUAUAUUUUUGUACUCGGGCCAGUCUUUUGUUACGGACAAUCUGUGGGGUGAAACCAUUCCGUGCCUACUGGGAUUAAACCUCCUGAGACUGAAUAAGAAAGGAUUUAGGAGGAGGAAAUGAAGGGCAUUGAUGAGUGACUUGUUGGUGAUCCAGUGGGUGGGGUCCUCCGAUUUUCGGUUUGUUUUUUGACUACACGGAGCCCUUUUAUCGCAAUAAAGCGAUCUGAAAGAAAAUCGAUGAACGAGAUACCAGCAAAGCCAGCAUGAGCUCGAUGACGGGAUUUGUUCUUCCGCAGAAUUACUAGAAGACGUUCAGCAACAGAGAGUAUCACGUGAGCAGUUCCUCGUGAAUGUGUACGCCAUCAUCCACAUUUUAGCUUCCUGGGAAAAAGAAAAAGUGAUAAUCAUGGAACAAAUUUUCCUCAUCAAAGAUGAGGCAAAGCUUCAGGGCCAUUCAGUAAUAAGAACAGCGAGGUUAUGAGGGUUUUUUAAAAAUGUAUCUACAAAGUGAUUUAUUGUAAAUAUAUAAAUGCAAAUAUGUAUCAUAAUGCUGUCCACAGCUGUGUACUUAAAAGACAAAAAAUGACAUUUUUUUAAGAUAUUGUUUUAGGAUUGGAAACUUUGCAAUCUAGGAGACACUGUCAUGAACGUGUAAAACACUUAAUCAGAAAAGGUUUAUUUGAGUAAUUAACGUGUAUAUUUGUAAAGAUAUUUAUAGACUUAACAUGUGGUUCUUAAGUUCGAAAGGUCUAGUUUAGGAUUUUUAGUACUGUACGCAAAGAUUUCUAUUUCAAUGGGUUUUUUUUCCUUUUGUUUUUGUAACUUAUUUUACAACCGAACUGCGAUGUUAUUUUCACAACUGGCAGACUCCUCUGGUUUCUGAUCCAUCUUUUUAUUGGUUUGUUUACAGUUUAGAAUGUAUGACACGAAGAUGAUUUUUUUUGUUUUGUUUUGAGAACGAGAGAGUGUGAUUUGACUGCCGGAGGGGGAUUCACGAAGGCUGAAGGCUCCUGCUGAGGAGAGCCGGAUGUUUCCAAUGAGUUCUGAGUUCUGGUUUAGAAAAGUUAACGUUUGCCGUAUCAAAGCGACGAUUAACUCUUGCUGGGCAAGAAAAAGCAGGCGAUGCGUACCGGGGAGACCUUCUAGUACUUAAACACAUAUUGAAUAUCAACAACGAUGACUAGCUGUGAAUCAUAAGAAGCCUUCAGACCCUUUGUAAGGGAAAAAAAAUCCUCCUGUUUGAACUGUUUUACUGUUCAGGCCAUGAAAAGAUUAAUGUGUUUGCUUCUAUUAUUUCAAUUCAAUUUAAUUUUAUUUUAUUUAUGUAACCACCAAAUCACAACAGUCUACUCGAGGUGCUUUAUAUUGUAAGGUGAAGACACUACAAUAAUACAGAGAAAACCCCAACAAUCAGACAACCGCUUAUGAGCAAGCACUUGGCAACAGUGGGAAGGAAAAACUCCCUUUUAACAGGAAGACGUCUGCUAGAUCCAGGCUGAGGGAGGGGCAGCCAUCUGAAUCAGUUGUUCUUCCAAGUUUUGGCAUUAUAGUGUCAUUUUCUACGUCUGACCACAAAGGCUGGCGUCAGAGUAACAUCUGACCUGCAAACAUGAAGGUGUUGGCCUGUAUUGACAGUUUUGCUUUUCUUUAUAUGUAGGGUUAGGGUUAAGAUUAGCAGCUACAAUGAGGCUUAGAAAUUGGCUUCUGCAUGUGUAAUUGUUAAAUGUCACUUGUUUCGUAGUCUUAAAUGACCAAAAAGAGGAAUUCAAGUUGCAUCACUGUAGCUGGUGUUGUGUGAAAAGAUUUAACGUGGUUAUAGGGGGAUUUUUUUUUAAACAUGCUUCUGAAGGCUUCAAUUGCUUAACUCUUAAAGGUCACAGGGUCAGCGCUAACAAGCUGCGCUCAGUCUCAAAACUCUGAGCGCCUGUGUACACUUUCACGGAUGAAAAGAUCAGCUUGAAGGCAGAAUUGUAAAGCUGUUACGUCCUUUUGUGCUUGAGUGUGAGGAAAAAAAACACUCUGCCCAAACGCUUGAGAUUUUAUCGCUGCUCUGUAGUAUUAAUACUGAAAUGAAGGCAUGCUGUGCGACUUACAGAUCACACGGCAACAAAAGAAACUAUAUAUACAGUAUAUAUAUAUAUAUAUAUAUAUAAAUAUAUAAAUAUUGGUUUGUUGAAUGAGACUCUGUAGUCUGUGGUGGGUCCUUCUUCAAUUUCCAUUUGUUGAGAAAAGUGCCAAAUUAGUCUUAAAAGUCUAUUUUAUAAAUUCUUCAGAUCUCUGAACCAAAUACUGCACUGGUGAAUGUAGGCGGGCAGAGGUUUACACGUGCAGGGAAGGAUCAUGGGAUUUCCAAAAUGGAUGGAUCCAUCUUUUUAUUUUGUUUUGUUUUUUCUUUCUUUUUUUUAAUGCAGUCAUCUGUCUAGCUGACUCCUCCCUCCCCCCAAAAAAGCAAAAGCAUUGAAAUGUUUACAGAAUCUGUUUUCAGAAAAGUCACAAAAGGGAAAGCGACGUUCAAGUGGCAUUGAAGGGUUCACAAACACAUUUUACUCGCUGCUAAAUGGAAAAGGUGCAGACACGCCUCUCUGCAAAGGCCUCGCUUCAGUGUGUGAGCAGACUUUAAACAUGUGGUCAUCCCUCACCCCAGUAUCUGAAGUACUUUAAAGUGUGAAAAUUCAUAUUUUAAUUGAUUGCUUCACUGGUAGAGCACCGAAACAAGGCCUUUGCAUAGUGAGCGGCCACACAAAGUCGGAGUUAUUUCUGUUUUCAGAACAGUUUUUGGCCCAAAUCUGUAAAGUGCCUGGUAAUAAUUUAGGACAUUGGUUCAUUUUGAUCACAUUUUGAAUGUAUAAUUACCAAAAUAAAGUUCUCACUAGAAGUGGGCAACUAUUAGCCUGAUUUUUUUUUAUUUCUUUUCUUUCCCAAGUGAACAAAACAAACAAAAAAAGGCACUUCGGUAAAAGGUUGGAUGGAUCUAAUGAAACAGAUGAUGUUUUGUUGUAUUUAUUCUUCCAUGCUGGGUAAAAACUUUCCCUAUGGUGAGAGUAUUUUUAUUCAUAACUAUUUCAGUUUUUCAGUGUUGUUAUUCAUUAAAGAGCCAGAAGAAGAAGAAGAAGAUGAUGGUGACGAUGAUGUAGAGUAGUAAUUGUACUAGAUACUGAUGCUCCCCAUCAGGAUUUGCUCCUGGCAUAGUUUAUCUUUUAUUUUUUAUGUUAUUUCUGUGUCCAUGUCGAGCUUUUUACUCUUGACACUGAUGGCCUCUCUCUGUUUCAUCACUCUUAAAAUAAAUGUGUUGUUUUUAAGACGUGUCCUAUUUUGGGCAAUAACCAGGA